AUGCAGUCUGGACCUAUUCUACCGCAAUCCGCUCUGGGGUUAGGAGACGCCCACGCCAUAAGCGAUACGUCAAGCCGCUUUCAAGACGUUAUCGGCCAGUUCCCUCAGCUCAAGACAUAUAGUCAUGCCUUAGCUAUUUUCCCUUUGAAUCCGGGGGUAUCUCAGGAUUCCGUCGUUGCUGCGCUGAAAGAUGCAAUAAGCCAAAUCAUUUCUAAGAUUCCCUGGCUUGGCGAACAGGUGGUCCACGAAGGACAAGGGCUCGGUAAUUCGGGCAUAAUCAGAACACGACCAUUACCCUCAGGCAUUUCUGGUGGCGAUAUCCUGUAUGUGAGGGACUGUACAAAUCUCUGCCCUUCUUACGAGGAUAUAAUACAGCGAGGAGGCCCUCUCUCCUCACUCGAUGGCAAUAUUCUAUGCCCUUUCCCUGGCUUCCCCAUGGGGUAUGAUGUCGAGAAGAUGGGGUUUGCACCUGUAGUGGCGGUCCAAGCAAGCUUCAUUAAGGGUGGUGUGAUCCUUAACAUCUCCAACCAGCAUAAUAUGGUAGAUACGAGUGGGGUAUUCGUCUUCAAUUCUUUACUUGCAAUAGCAAUGCAGGGCAAAGACAUUCCACAGGCUUAUGUCGACCAGGCCAACAUAGACCGAACCAAGGUCAUUCCUCUUCUAGAUCCCGGACAACCAAUUCGCGACCAUAGCUACCUCCUGAAGUCAGCGUUUACUCCUACGCCUGCGCCACCGUUAAAACUUCCAGCUUCGCCUCUAAAAUGGGCGUGCUUCCGGGUUUUCCAGAAGGCCAUGCCUAAGAUUAAGGCAGCCGCAUCGAUCAAAGAUGAAUUUGAUAGUUCGGUGACCUACAUAUCCAGCAAUGACGCGCUUUGCGCAUUAUAUUGGAAGCGACUGGCCGCCGUGCGCGUCGCUAACGGUAGUGUGGCUCCUUCAUCCGUGUCCAAAUUCGCGCGAGCUAUCGACGUCCGCGCCGCUGUCGGCUGCCCACCGGGAUAUAUGGGGCAAAUGAUUCACCACGCUAUCACGCGAUUCUCAUACCGAGACUUAGCGUCGCCGGAAUUGACAUUAUCGACUAUAGCAUCACGCCUAAGAGCUGAACUCAACCAGUCGGCUAACGAGUGGGCGGUGCGCAGUUAUGCUACCUUUGUGGCUGGUGUUGCUGAUAAGGGGGAACUAGUAUAUGGCGGUGGCCUCAACCCGGCUCUUGAUGUUGGAUCCUCGUCUGUUUCCCAGCUGGUGACCGGCUUAGUCGAUUUUGGCGUUUUGGGUAAGCCCACGUUGAUGCGGCGACCUAAUCUGGCUCCUUUUGGCGGUGUCAUGUAUGUUUUACCACCCGAAGAUGAGUCCCAAUACUUGCCUGUUAUAGUAUGCUUAAGCGAGAGGGACUUAGAAGGCCUGAGGCAGGAUAAGGAAUGGGGGGCAGCCACUCAGUACGUUGGUUAGCUGGGCACAGGACGAAGCAAUAGCACAACUCCCUUGAGUACAAUAUGCC